ACGCGCGCGCUCCUGUUCCCUCUGCACCUAGAGGCAUCUCACCUGCACCAGGCGCAUCGAUCAGGAUGGCGUCCACGGCGGCGGUGCCGGAGGUGGCCCUGCGGUCGGGCAGCGCGCGGCCGAUGCCGGCGGUCGGCAUGGGCACGGCGUCGUUCCCGCCGGCGCCCGGGGCCACCAAGGACGCCGUGCUGGCGGCCAUCGAGGUGGGCUACCGCCACUUCGACACGGCCGCCAUGUACCGCACGGAGCGGCCGCUCGGCGACGCCGUGGCCGAGGCGGCGCGGUGCGGGCUCCUCCGGUCCCGGGAGGAGCUGUUCGUCACGUCCAAGCUGUGGUGCACGCAGUGCCACCCGGACCUCGUCCUCCCCUCCCUCCGGGAGACCCUCAAGAACCUGCAGAUGGAGUACCUGGACCUGUACCUGAUCCACUGGCCGGUGGCCCUCAAGCCCGGGCCGCUAACCUUCCCCAAGAGGAAGGAGGACGCCGUGCCGUUCGACUUCGAGGGCGUGUGGCGCGCGAUGGAGGAGUGCCAGCGCCUGGGGCUCGCCAGGGCAAUCGGCGUCAGCAACUUCACCACCAGGCACCUCGACAGGGUCCUCGCCGCUGCCACCAUCCCCCCCGCGGUGAACCAGGUGGAGCUCAACCCGGCGUGGCAGCAGCGGACGCUGCGGGCGUACUGCGCCGACAGGGGCGUCCACGUCGCGGCGUACUCGCCGCUGGGGGGGCAGAACUGGGACGGCACGGGCAGCAACGCCGUGCUGGAGUCGGAGGUGCUCACCGGGAUCGCCAAGGCGAGGGGGAAAUCCGUCGCGCAGGUGGCGUUGAGAUGGAUAUACGAGCAGGGCGUGACGUCCAUCGUCAAGAGCUACAACAAGGAGAGGCUCAGGCAGAACCUCGACAUCUUCGGCUGGGAGCUGACCGACGAAGACCGGCUCAAGAUCAGCCAGAUCCCACAGAAGAAGACGGUCACAGCUGGGGGUUUGUUCUCGCAAGAGGGUGAAUUCACGUCCGUUGAUCCGGCGGACCUGGACAUCGUAGAGCGGUAGAGGAAUAGGGAGGGAAUAACGCGGAAUAUGCCCGCGCGGCUCCGUAGGCAUGAUGAACAUUUGAAUAAGCAGGCUUUUCCGAUCUUGCUCGCGUUGAUGCAGUAAUUUUCUUUUUUUUUAUCUUAUUGUAAUGUUGCGAUACGAACGUUUCGUCUCAGUAAAGAUUGCAUUUGGUAACCUUUCACAGAGGUUGUGA